AUGAGCUCGAGUGAGGAUGGGACAGAAGAGAUGGAGCGAGAGACAGACCAGGAGGGUGAGCGAGAGACUUUGGUGGAGGAAGGGUUGGAAUUGGGUGGUGGGUGGAAGGAAAGAGGCAGGCAUGCAGCACAGGUUGCGCCUGCACCACCACCAGGCUGUAGUCCGUGCGCUGGUUUGAAACAAGGCAGCGGCCCUAGCAACAAGCCUCUGGCCAAGGAAGCUGGUGAUUUCCUUGGUUUGCUGCCAACGGCCGGCCUGCAUCGACCGCGCCCGCUCACCCCCAUUUCCUUUCUUUCGUCGCCUUCAUAUGAAUGUCAACGGGAGCAGUUUUGCGUGGCUCGCCUUCGCCGCGGCCUCCCAGCACAAGCGGGGCAGGAGCAUUUCUGUGCCACGCAAUUCACUUUGAUUGCUCUCGGCUACUACCUUAUCGCGCCACUAUCGACGUCAGGUCGGGACGAGCGCGGCGCCUCAUUGCCAGGGGGUCUCGCCAAUCACCGCCGCCAGUCACCUGCACGGCUGUUCGAGAUCUGCAUGGAGAUCGGACAUUGCGAUGCCAACGCCACCCUCACACUUUUCCUGCUCCGUCAUUUGCUCGCUAGUGGCCACGGAAAUAAGCAUGUUGGGACUAAGAGUUUCAUUGUUCUUGUCGAAGUGAUACCAAAAGCACGGCACAAAACGGCAUGCAAGUUCAAAUCAGUUAGGUCUUCCGACUCUCCUCGACAUGUACACUUUUACUUGGUUGUCAUGGGCUUUUUUUCCUCGCCCUUAAGACUAAAACAUCGGCACGCUCCCGCAGUGCUGCUCUAG